AGUUCAUUUAGUAAUAAAAGCUCGAGGAAGAAGCUAGUAGAGCAAGUUGUGGCGAGUUUAACAAUUGCAUUUAUUAUAUUAUUCAGUGACAAAACAAACCACCAUGCUGGCUAUCUUGUUCGCAUUAUUCAUUGCCUGUCAGCUGUUGACCCCUACUGUCGCAGCGAUAACGGAGAGAAGUAAAGACAAAAGUAGAUGCGAUGAUGCGAUUAUGUUUGUUGAACCGAUCGAAGUGGUAAAAACUAAUGACCAUGAUAAAGAUGUUCCCCUGUCAUGUAAAGGACAGACAUAUUGUACGAUCAAAACAGAGGAUUAUCCAGAAAAGAAAUUCAAUGAAAUGUUAAAAGGACGUAAGGUUUUCCGGCAACCACAGUUAUUAUUGAAUCCUCUUCAAAAUAAACAAGGAGAUCCAAAUGAUAAGAACGAUUGUGAAAGCGAGAUAAGCUAUGAACCAUUAUAUAAAGUUAGGGAAGGAAUCGAUAAGCCGUGGCGCUAUGUAGUCCAGUCUUCAGAGCACGAUUAUAUCCAAAAAGUGCGCCUAGAGAGAUGUCUUAACCCAAAUGGUUCCUGUUUUACCCAAUUUUCAUCUUUUUUGGGCUACGGGACUUACUGCAAACAAGAAAAUAGUUAUUGGGAAGUGUUAGUCUCCAAAGGUGAAAAUGAAACAGAGGUCAUUAAAGCAGAGCUACCAGUUUGUUGCUCUUGUUAUUACUCAAAAAACCGUUAAAUUGAAAUCAGAAUUACAAAAAAAAAUAUCAAAUGUGACAAGGCAAUAAUACUUUUAAAAACAAACAAAUUCAUGCUAUCCCCAAGUGAUAUUAUUUUUUUAAGUAAUUUAUUUUAGUAUUAAGUGUUUUGAAGGCUUCUAAAUGUAUUAAAAAAAAAGAUGUUUUAUUCUUGACCAUGUGCUGAGAGUAAAGUUAUUAAAAACAAAAGGACUAA